GUUUCCGUCUAACUUUCACUGACUGCCAUAAUGGUGGUCACCAGUUUAGCUCCAACUUGACGUUGUUCAAAACCAUUCACAGUGAUUCUUUGGUACCGGUAGGCUACGGAUCCAACCCAGUCUCUAGUAUUGUAAUUUUAUAUUUUAUUAAUUAUUAAUUCAUUAUAUUCUUCAUUUUUUUAUAAAAAAAAUAUAAUAGAUUAAAAUUUUGUUGAGCAACAAUGCUGUGAUAAAUUUUAAUCAAUGUUAUAUUUUUUUUUAAAUAGUUGAAAUUUCAUUAACCCAUUUGACCCUCGUGUUUAUGUAUGAGAUGAUCGUAUAAAAAAUAAAUAAAUAAAUAAUUUUUUGUGAAUUUACGUCACCACAUUUGCUUUUGUGUAAACUAAAAAAAAAAAAAAAUUUUAAAUUGUAUCAGUAGUCAGUCAGUCAGUCGUGUUUGUGACACCAAAUUGAGUGUGCAUUGUUGAAUAAUAAUUAAUGCUCAAUAUUAAAGUUACUGUCAUCAUGAUCAACAUCAAGUUUUACUUAAAAUUCUAAAUAGUGAUAAUUGUAUUAAUUUUCUUUUUUUUUUUUUUAUCAAAACAAUUGUUUUAUAAACACAAAAUAUAGGUAUUUUUAUUUUUGCUUAUUAUUUUUACAAUCCAAGUGGGAAAGUAUAAAUCAUUUUGAGUUGAUAUUUUUGUUACUGAAAAAUAAAUAACAAAGCAAAAUGGUUGUUGACACUGGCACUGUACGUUUGGUUAUUUUUAUUGGAAUGUUUCUGGUUUUUGCUGGUGAUUAUACAACAUUGAUAAACAAAGUAUUUGGAAAUGGCAUGGUGUCAAAUAAUUCAACAUUUGGAACACUUCAAGGGCCACCAAAACAUAAUACAGAAAAAAUAUCAUUGAUGGCAGCAACAAAAGAAAUUGAUUCCAAUGAUGUUUUAUCUCGUAAAGCAAAAAUGAUGAUGACAAUUAAAACAGCUUGUUUACCAAAACUUAUUUGUGAACUCACAUCAUCACCGCAUCAGGAUCAACUGAGUGAAAUGGAAAAAUCCUUGCUCAAUUUAAUCAGAGAUACAAGUUUGACGACAAUGGCGGAAGUGGCAUCAAGAUACCAUUUUGCAGCUCAUAUAGGUCAACUUAUCAACGGUAUUGAGGGUCAAGGCUGUCAUAAUUUUUAUCCAACUUGCCCUUUGCCACGUUCAAGUGUACUCAAUAUGAUGAAAAAAAUACGACUUCGUUGAAAAUAGUUAUGAUAAAAAAAUUUAAAAAUUAUUAGUUUCAUUGUGAUUAUUCGAAAAUAAAAAAUAAAUAAAUAACCACAUUCACUGCGAGUGAAGAAUCUCAUGAUAAUAAUAAUCUUUAUCUAAACUAUUUGUCUGUCUAAUGACGAUUAUAGAGAUAAAAAAAAAAAUGAAGAGUAAUGAGAAAUCUCAUAAAUUGCUUGACGUAUCUGUGAUAUCGUAUAAUUGAAUUAGAAAAAUUGCACAAAACUAAACAAAGUGU